AUCGAUACAUUGAUUCUAUGAACUGGCCUUGAACCAAACUAGACGCUACCAUCGGCUUCAAUUAGUUAGGUUGUCAAAGGAUGGAGCGAACCAUUGUUGUUGUCGGCGGCGGCAUUAUAGGAUCCUGCAUAGCCUACUUUCUGACAAGACACCCAUCGUAUGACAGCUCAAGACACAAGGUCAUAAUCCUCGAGGCGACGGAAAUCGCCGGCGGUGCGUCGGGCAAGGCUGGAGGCUUACUUGCGCUCUGGGCAUACCCGAGCAAUAUCGUCCCCUUAAGUUUCCGCCUCCAUGCUCAGCUGGCGGAAGAACAUAACGGAAAAGAAAAAUGGGGUUACAGAAAGGUCAAUUGCGGGCAAUUGAUGGCGCAUGUGCUACCCAAAAGGACAAGCAGCACGGAAAGCUCAAACAAGAGCAGCACCAAACAGGCUGUUUCGCUGGAGAAACGGACUGAAGAGGCGAUAGCCUUGUUAAGGGCGGCAGGUGUGCCUUCGGACCUUGACUGGUUUGAUCCGCUUACAUUGUCGGGAUAUGAAGAGAUGGGCGAUCCGGGCACCACCGCGCAAGUUCACCCAUAUUUGUUCACCACCUCGAUGGCAAAACUGGCCGAAGAGAAAGGCGCCAAUGUAAUUUUUGGUUUGGUCACGGAGAUUGAGCAAGUAGAAAAUGGAGCCAGCACUGUAAAAUAUACGGAGAAAGAGACCGGUGAGUCCAAGUCGAUUUCCGCCACCGAUGUUGUCAUCUCCGCGGGACCCUGGACCAGGUCAAUCUUUCCACGGGCGCCGAUCACGGCUCUCCGUGCGCACAGCGUCGUUAUCCGCCCUACACGGCCGGUAUCUCCCUACGCCAUAUUUAGCAGCAUCACGCUUGCCGCAGACUCCGCCUCGGGCCGGCCGAGCCAAACAUCAUCCGCACCUGAGAUCUAUGCCAGACCCGACAAUACCGUAUACGCCUGCGGUGAAGGCGACAGAUCAGUUCCACUCCCGUCAACAACUGCAGAGGUGGAGGUAGACGACUCCAGAUGCCAAACCAUCAUCAACUCUGUCAGCGUCAUAUCGCCGGAACUACGAGAUGGAGAGGUUCUGGCUCGUCAGGCGUGUUAUCUGCCGAACGUCGCGGCGAAGGGGAUAGGUCCCCUCAUAGGUCCAACUGACAUCAAGGGCGUCUAUCUCGCGGCUGGCCAUACUUGCUGGGGCAUCCAAAACGCCCCGGGAACAGGGAAGGUGAUGAGUGAGAUGAUUUUCGAUGGGGAAGCGAAGAGCGCGCAUAUUUCGAGCUUAGAUCCGCGUAAAAUUUUGUGAAUAAAUUUUUGGCAGUACCUGUAAUAAUAGUUGUUGCCAGCUCUGGACUUAAUAUUCAUGAGAGCGGGAGUGC